CCUUAAUUCGCGCGCGAGAAUCUUUGUAUUAAACCUUUCAUUUUCAUAUCCCUAAAUGAAGCUAUGUCGGAGCUCACAGUGCACUCAGUCUGCACUAAAGGACCGAUUUAUCCCACGUUAUUGUAUUUCCAAAAUGGACGUCCGACGAAAGAGUUUGAAACAAACUGUGCCGUGCUACAAGACAAGAAUAAGUCUAGAACGAUAGUGAUGGAGGCUUCUGAGCUCGUCUACGCCGGUAAUGAGGAAAAGGAAGACUCUGGCAAGAUCCUGAUACUGGCCAGAGACAGGAUAUCCGGUAAAGUCCGUUUAAUAGAGGUAGACAGCGCCUACUUGAAACCGCUCACUAAAACUGACUUAGACCAUUUAGAACAUCAACACGAUGUGCAAGCGAAGCAUAGUAAGAUGGUAUCGAAGAAAAAUAAAACACUGAAUAAAUUAAAUGCUCAAAGGGACACAGGACAGACAGACAAUCUAGUUGCAUGUAAUAACAGCAUAGGUGAGGUCGAUAUACAGCCUACAGAUAGAGAAAUAAAUAGAGGUGAAUUAGAUUGUUUGCAGCAACAGCAUGAAAUAAGUAGCUCAGAGUUUUUAGAAUUUGAGAGGAAGAAAUUAGAACAGCGAGAAAAAUUAAAAAUUAAUGUUUUAACUGCGAUGGAACCGGAACAGACAGAGAUGGAGGCUAAGAAACAAAAAAAUGCGCCUGUUAAAAGAGGAGCUACUAAAGUUAGAGGCGUACAUCACAAAAAGAAGUUAAAAUUACCUUUAGUUCUAAAACCUCACACCCGUUUAAAAAAACCAAAGCUGAAUAUAGUUAAAAAGGACUUUGUGAAGCGCAAGGAUUAUAACGAAAUCGACCCCGAUGAGUUCUAUGUACCGUUUCUUAACCGAGAAGCAACCACUCUUGAAGAUGUAUAUGUUAUAAAAAAGAUUUUCUCCGAAGAUGAGUAUUUUCAGAUUUAUUCAGAGGUAGCGGAAAUCAUAUAUUUGGACGAUUUACAUCCGUACAUACAGCAAUUUGUGGAAAAUAAAACUCUGUCUUUAGAGUUUACAGUGCUAGCGGUAUAUGCAAGUGUACUCUUAAAGUUCUUACAUACUAGCCUUGACGAAAUCCAAACAGGUAACUCCAAAAUUUGCCAACAUUCUAAGACAUUAAAUGAAAUCUUAUUGACGAGGUUUACAGAAUGUGUUCAGUAUGAAAAACGGAAAAGUAUUACAAGGUCUCGAGCAAUGAGAAAUAAAAUUGUAUGUCACAUAAUAGUAUGUACGUUGAUCUUAAAUGACUUUCAGUUUGAAAUGGAUUCUUUGUCCGAUGUGAUAGAAAGGAAGAGGAAGAACCAUGAACCCUUACCGAAGUUGGUCAGUUUAGUUGCAGCAACAAUUGAAAAAGGGUAUGAUGGAACAAUAGUAAAGUUAAAAUUGCCCUUAGUUAUGCACCCAAAAAAUCUUACAGAGUUAGAAGACAAUUACUCUGAAGAGUCCCAUAUACCGCCUGUUAAUAGAGAAGCUUCUACAGUUAGAGGCGUAUAUCACAAAAAGAAGAUUUCGUCCAAAAAGCAGUUAUUAAAAAAACCAAGGGCCACUAAAAUUAAAAAGGACUUUGUGCAGCGCAAUGAUUAUUACGAAAUCGACCCCGAUGAGUUCUAUGUACCAUUUCUUAAUCGAGAAGCAACUAAUCUUGAAGAUGUAUAUGUUAUAAAUCAGAUUUUCUCUGACAAUGACUAUUCCCAGAUUUUUUUUGAACUAGCGGAAAACAAUUAUUUGGACGAUUUCCAUCCGUACAUAAAGCAAUUUGUGGAAAAAAAAACUCUGUCUUUAGAGUUUACAGUGCUAGCGGUAUAUGCAAGUGUACUCUUAAAGUUCUUACAUGCCAGCCUCGACGAAAUCGAAACAGAUAACUCCAAAAUUUGCCAACAUUCUAAAACAUUAUAUGGAAUCUUAUUGAAAAGGUUUACAGAACGUGUUCAGUAUGAAAAACGGUCAGCGCUUUCAAGGUCACGAGCAAUGAGAAAUAAAAUUGUGUGUCACAUAAUAGUAUGUACCUUGAUCAUAAAUGACUUUCAAUUUGAAAUGGAUUCUUUGUCGGAUGCGAUAAAAGGGAAAACCUGCCAAGAACCUUUACGAAAAUUGGUUAGUUAUGUUGCAGCAACCAUAGAAAUUGGUGAUGACAAAACAAUGGUGAAGUUAAAAUUGCCCUUAGUUCCAAAAAUUCGGGCCUCUAUACCGAAACAAUUUGCGCAUAAAAUGAAAAGGGACUUGAAGAAGCGGAAGGAGAAAGCAGAAGCUGACAAAAAUGACCCGGAUGACUCCUGUCUAUCAGCGGCAACUGUAGUUGAAGAUGUUACUCACAUAGAGAAGAAUUUGUCUGAAGAUGAAUGUGUUCAAAGUGUUCAAACAUCAAUUACAAACGAAGACAGUGAAAUGGCAAUGCAGUUAAAAUUACCGUUAGUUCCAAAACCUCAGGGCCCCCUUAGAAAACCAAAGCCUCAGGACCCCCUCAGAAAACCAAAGCCUCAUAAAAAUGACAAGAAGUUCGUGCAGUGCAAGGAUCAUUACGAAAUCGACCCCGAUGAGUUCUAUGUACCGUUUCUUAAUCGAGAAGCAACCAAUCUUGAAGAUGUAUAUGUUAUAAAUCAGAUUUUCUCUGACAAUGAGUAUUCUCAGAUUUUUUUUGAACUAGCGGAAUACAAUUAUUUGGACGAUUUACAUCGGUACAUAAAGCAAAUUGUGGAAAAUAAAACUCUUUCUUUAGAGUUUACAGUGCUAGCGGUAUAUGCAAGUGUACUCUUAAAGUUCUUACAUGCCAGCCUUGACGAAAUCAGAACAGGUAACUCCAAAAUUUGCCAACAUUCUAAGACAUUAUAUGAAAUAUUAUUGAAAAGGUUUACAGAACGUGUUCAGUAUGAAAAAGGGACAAAAAUUUCAAGGUCACGAGCAAUGAGAAAUAAAAUUGUGUGUCACAUAAUAGUAUGUACGUUGAUCUUAAAUGACUUUCAGUUUGAAAUGUAUUCUUUGUCCGAUGUGAUAGAAAGGAAGAACCAUGAACCCUUACCGAAGUUGGUCAGUUUAGUUGCAGCAACAAUUGAAAAAGGGUAUGAUGGAACAAUAGUAAAGUUAAAAUUGCCCUUAGUUAUGCACCCAAAAAAUCUUACAGAGUUAGAAGACAAUUACUCUGAAGAGUUCCAUAUACCGCCUGUUAAUAGAGAAGCUUCUACAGUUAGAGGCGUAUAUCACAAAAAUAAGAUUUCGUCCAAAAAGCAGGUUGUAAAAAAACCAAGGGUGACUAAAAUUAAAAAGGACUUUGUGCAGCGCAAGGAUUAUUACGAAAUCGACCCCGAUGAGUUCUAUGUACCGUUUCUUAAUCGAGAAGCAACCAAUCUUGAAGAUGUAUAUGUUAUAAAUCAGAUUUUCUCUGACAAUGAGUAUUCUCAGAUUUUUUUUGAACUAGCGGAAAACAAUUAUUUGGACGAUUUACAUCGGUACAUAAAGCAAAUUGUGGAAAAUAAAACUCUUUCUUUAGAGUUUACAGUGCUAGCGGUAUAUGCAAGUGUACUCUUAAAGUUCUUACAUGCCACCCCUGACGAAAUCAGAACAGGUAACUCCAAAAUUUGCCAACAUUCUAAGACAUUAUAUGAAAUGUUAUUGAAAAGGUUUACAGAACGUGUUCAGUAUGAAAAACGGACAAAAAUUUCAAGGACACGAGCAAUGAGAAAUAAAAUUGUGUGUCACAUAAUAGUAUGUACGUUGAUCUUAAAUGACUUUCAAUUUGAAAUGGAUUCUUUGUCGGAUGCGAUAAAAGGGAAAAACUGCCAAGAACCUUUACGAAAAUUGGUUAGUUAUGUUGCAGCAACCAUAGAAAUUGGUGAUGACAAAACAAUGGUGAAGUUAAAAUUGCCCUUAGUUCCAAAAAUUCGGGCCUCUAUACCGAAACAAUUUGCGCAUAAAAUGAAAAGGGACUUGAACAAGCGGAAGGAGAAAGCAGAAGCUGACAAAAAUGACCCGGAUGACUCCUGUCUAUCAGCGGCAACUGUAGUUGAAGAUGUUACUCACAUAGAGAAGAAUUUGUCUGAAGAUGAAUGUGUUCAAAGUGUUCAAACAUCAAUUACAAACGAAGAUAGUGAAAUGGCAAUGCAGUUAAAAUUACCGUUAGUUCCAAAACCUCAGGGCCCCCUUAGAAAACCAAAGCCUCAGGACCCCCUCAGAAAACCAAAGCCUCAUAAAAAUGACAAGAAGUUCGUGCAGUGCGAGGAUCAUUAUGAAAUCGACGAAGAUGAGUUCUAUUGCGAAAUCGAUCCAGAUGAGUUUUAUGUACCAUUUCUUAACAGGGAAGCAACCAAUCUUGAAGAUGUAUAUGUUAUAAAGAAGAUUUUCUCUGAAGAUCAGUAUUCCCAGAUUUUUUUUGAACUAGGGGAAAAGAAUUAUAUGGACGAUUUACAUCCGUACAUAAAGCAAUUUGUGGAAAACAAGACUCUGUCUUUAGAGUUUACAGUGCUAGCUGUAUAUGCAAGUGUACUCUUAAAGUUCUUACAUGCCAGCCUUGACGAAAUCAGAACAGGUAACUCCAAAAUUUGCCAACAUUCUAAGACAUUAUAUGAAAUCAUAUUGAAAAGGUUCACUGAACAGGUUAAAUAUAAAACACGGUCAGGGCUUUCAAGGUCACGAGCAAUGAGAAAUAAAAUUGUGUGUCACAUAAUAGUAUGUACGUUGAUCUUAAAUGACUUUCAAUUUGAAAUGGAUUCUUUGUCGGAUGCGAUAAAAGGGAAAUACUGCCAAGAACCUUUACGAAAAUUGGUUAGUUAUGUUGCAGCAACCAUAGAAAUUGGUGAUGAUGAAACGAUGGUGAAGUUAAAAUUGCCCUUAGUUCCAAAAAUUCGGGCGACUAUACUGAGAAAAUAUGCUCAAAAGAUUAAACGGAACUUGAAGAAGCGGAAAGAGAAAGCAGGGACUGACAAAAAUGACCCGGAUGAUUCCUAUCUACCAACAGCAACUGAAGUUGACGAUGUUUAUCACACAGAUAAGAUUUUGUCUGAAGAUGAAUGUGUUCAAACAUCAGUUAUAAACGAAGACAGUGAAACGGCAGUGCAGUUAAAAUUACCGUUAGUUACAAAAACCACUAUACUGAGAAAAGAGGCUCAAAUAAUUGAACGGGACUUGAAGAAGCGGAAAGGGGGAGGCGGGGAGGAAACAGGGACUGACAAAAUUGACCCGGAUGAUUUCUAUCUACCAACUCUUGACAGAGAAGCAACUGUACUUGUUGGAGCGGUGAUUGAUAAUGAAGACGAGGGAUCAUUGGUAGAGUUAAAAUUACCAUUAGUACCAAAGACGAGGGACAUUAUAAAUAAAACUUCGAAACAUCAUACUGUCGAUAAAGACCUAACAGAAUGUAAUGAAAAUAUGGUAGAUACAGACGACAUAAUUGACCCAGAUGACUUCUACGUACUGCCUAUUGAUAGAGAUGCAACUGAACUUGAAAAUGUCUAUCUUAUAGACAAAAUUUUUUCUAAAAGUAAAUGCGAGAAGAUUUACUGUGAGUUGGAAAAGAGUGAUUAUAGUGAGUAUCUACACCCAUACAUACAGUCCAUGAUAGAAAACCAGUUGCUCUCCCUGCAGUUAACAGUACUAGCAGUUUACGCAAGUGAACUAAUAAAAUUCAUACAUGUCCCGAGCUCGCAAAUGAAUAAACCUAACUUCCAAAUAUGCCACUAUUCUAAGACAUUGAAUCAUUUAAUUAGGAAAAGAUUUACAGAACUUUCUGAAAAUAAAUGUGGUCGUAACAGUAAAUCUACGUCUACCUGUAGAAUCACAUCACUAGCUAUGAAAGAAAAACUGGUGUGCCAUGUAAUAGUGUGUGUUUUGAUCUUAAAUAACUUUCAAUGUGAGCUGGAUCCUCUCUCCGAUGCAGUAAAGCAUAAAAAAUAUAUAACAGAUUUACAAGAGUAUAUCCGUCUUGUCGGAGCGUCAGUUGUAGACAGAGACAACGGGAAAAUGGUGCAGUUAAAAUUACCAUUGGUCUCAAAAACUCGGAUCACCAGAAAACGAUGUACUAAAAUCAGAAAGACAAAGACUGCAGGAUCAAGUAAGAGGAGAAAAAAGAGGUAGUCUGUAGCGGACACAUUUUGCGAAGUUGGUGCUAGAAGUACAAGGGCAUUUCAAAAAGGUGUCAGACACGUGACGCUAUUUUUUAACGCUUUUAACCAACUUCUAAAAAAGUUAAGAAGCCGAUAAUUGACACGAGAUCGUUUGAUAACUUUACAUUUGACGGUAUAAUUCUAAAUAUCUCUAUCUCAAUAAUGAUUUCUGGUAAUAGCUGCCAUACGUGUCACUUCCUUGACAAGGUAGACCUUUUCGUGGAAUGGCCCUGCAGCUUGGCCUUCCAGCCUAGUCUUCGGCCAUAUAUGGAGCUCAGCCUUCGGCUUAGUGCAUUACCCUAUCUGAUCCCAGCCUUGAGGCCGCCACCACUUGUGUGGUUGUGUUUUGGUGGUCGGCCUUCGGCCUCGCGAAUUCCGCCGAGGUCGAAGUUAGUCAUUGAGGACCCGAAUCUCAAUUUAAGAUCGUAUUGUGAGGAAUAUGCUAUUUUUAGUGUUCCGUACAAAACUUUGUUCCGGAACACUUAUUAAAUAUUAAAUUUAACAAAGAAUCCUCUAUAUAAAUAUCCGUUGGAAUGUAUUUUAGGUACUUUUAUAGACAAGACUUGUCCAAAAGUCUCAUGUAUGUGAUUGUAAUUUAGUAGUGUACCAUGUUGUUAUACAUAUAUAUUACCAAGUGUUCGUACUAAGUAGGUACCUAUGUUUAAUAUUGUAUAAUAAUACUUUAUUUACGAAUGUAAAAGAAUGUGAUAUGUACCUAAGUGUUAAAAAAUCCUUAUGUAAUUUAAUUGAAGUACUUCUUUUGCCUCUCAUUGUGGCAAAUAAACUUAGGCUUAGCUUAUUAUUAUGUUUAAGUUAGACUAGGAAUUCCUAGUCUAUGGUUUAAAUUAUCUAAUAUUGUAUACUAUGUAUGUAAAUAAAAUAUUUGUGUUAAAUAGUCUUUGAAUAUAUCAUCAUCUUCCUAACGCUAUCCCGG